AUGCGACUCCUCCCCAACCCAAGCCUGUUGUAAAGAUGGCGUCUAUCAUGGAGGGGCCGCUAAGCAAGUGGACUAACGUCAUGAAAGGCUGGCAGUACCGGUGGUUUGUUUUGGACUACAACGCCGGCCUUUUGUCGUAUUACACGUCUAAGGACAAAAUGAUGCGAGGAUCCAGAAGAGGCUGCGUGCGACUCAGAGGAGCUGUGAUCGGAAUAGAUGACGAAGAUGACAGCACAUUCACCAUCACUGUGGACCAGAAGACUUUCCACUUUCAAGCUCGAGAUGCGGAUGAACGUGAGAAGUGGAUCCACGCCUUAGAGGGGACUAUCCUCCGUCACACCCUCCAGCUCCGGGAGGCUGAGACAGGACUCGUUCCCAGUGUGCAAGACUUUGACAAGAAGCUCGCUGAAGCUGACGCCUACCUACAGAUCCUAAUCGACCAGUUAAAGCUGUUUGAUGAGAAGAUCAAGGACUGCAAAGAGGAUGAAUCGCGCAGGAAAAUAGAAAAUCUGAAAGAGACUACUUGUAGUAUGGUAGAGUCCAUCAAGCACUGUAUUGUUCUUCUGCAGAUUGCCAAGGACCAAAGUAACGAACAACAACACGCAAACGGACUUAUAAGCACCAUCAACCCAGUGGAUGGGAUCUACCAGCCGCAUCUUGACCCCCCUGUAGUCAACACCACAAUGCCAACGCAGAACACACUACCCAUAGACGCUUCUCAGGUGUGUAAAUCAGACCAACGACCUUCCACAUUAGCUGUUGGUCCCGUGGUCACAGUGAUGGGUAGUCUGCAGACCCCGACUCCCAACAGCACAGGGAGUGGCCCGUCCGGCCCCAGCAGCGGCGUCUCCUCUCCGACUCACAUCCCCCUGCCCUCACACUCAGUGCCAGACUUCUCCUACUCCUCCAGCGAGGAUGAGUUUUAUGAUGCUGACGAGUAUAACCAGAGCAGCAUUUCACCCAAACACUUUGCAGAUCCCUCAGGGCCCUCUGCUGCUCCCACGGCAACUAACGAGCAAACAUCAUUAAAACGGCCUGAAACCACAGAGUCCCUCAACUCAACCAUGUCAAACGGCACCACAGAUCCAGAUAUGUUUGACAAUAAUGACGACCGUGAUGACGAUGGUGAGGGGGAGUCUGUGGAAGAGCACAAGAGCGUCAUCAUGCAUCUGCUGUCACAAGUCCGUUUGGGCAUGGACCUCACUAAAGUGGUUCUGCCUACUUUCAUCCUAGAGAGGAGAUCUUUGUUAGAGAUGUAUGCAGACUUCUUUGCACACCCUGAUUUAUUUGUAAGUAUCGCUGACCAACCGGAGCCCAGGGAACGCAUGGUUCAGGUGGUGAAGUGGUUCCUGUCUGCUUUCCAUGCAGGCAGGAAAGGUUCAGUGGCCAAAAAACCUUACAAUCCAAUCCUGGGGGAAGUCUUCUUCUGCCACUGGGAUCUUCCAAACGAGAUGGAAGAGCCGCCUCCACCUACGGAGGCCGUAUCAGACGGUCCAGUUCCUUGGUCUUCACCCAACAGUGUGCGUUUCGUGGCAGAGCAGGUCUCUCACCACCCGCCCAUCUCUGCAUUUUACGCGGAGUGUUUAAAUAAGAAGAUCCAGUUCAAUGCUCACAUCUGGACCAAGUCCAAGUUUCUUGGCAUGUCUAUAGGGGUCCACAACAUCGGUCAAGGCUGUGUGUCGUGUUUGGAGCAUGAUGAACAUUAUAUUCUUACCUUCCCUAAUGGAUACGGCAGGUCGAUUCUGACCGUGCCCUGGGUGGAGUUGGGUGGAGAGUGCAACAUUUCCUGCUCAAAGUCAGGCUACAGCGCCACCAUCGUAUUCCACACCAAACCUUUCUAUGGCGGAAAGAAGCACAGGGUCACAGCAGAAAUCUUCGCACCAAAUGACAAGAAAUCUUUCUGCUCCAUUGAAGGAGAAUGGAACGGAGUGAUGUACUCCAAGCUGGCAACUGGAGAGAAUGCAUCAUUCAUAGACACUAAGAAAAUGAGCAUCAUAAAGAAGAAGGUGAGGAAGCUAGAGGACCAGCUGGAUUACGAGUCCCGGAGGCUAUGGAGAGAUGUGACACUGAACCUGAAGCUUAAAGACAUUGAUGCAGCAACAGAGGCCAAACAUCGUCUGGAGGAGAAACAAAGAGCUGAAGCCAGGGAGAGGAAGGAGAAGGAGCAGCAGUGGGAAACCAGGCUAUUCCAUGAAGACGGGGAGUGCUGGGUCUACGACGAGCCGCUAUUAAAGAGAUUAGCUUCUCAGAGGCACUGAUAAAGCAUCACUCGCUAUGAUGAACACAGAAGUUCAAAAAGAAAUCUGCACAGACACAGGAGUCUUCAUAAGAACUCUUUUGCAUUAAAAAAAA